UGAAUGAAUGUUUCUCUCCUCACUCUCUGUGCUCUCGUCUGCUGUGGUUAUUAUGGACAUGCAGUCUUCAUAUCAGCAGCUUGCCUCCUAACGGACGUGAAAAAUAAGUAACAGGACGAGAGUGGUGUUGACUGGGCUUCUGAAACAGAGACGGGCCUACAUGCCUCGUAAUUUCAACAGACUCUUCAUCCUUCAGACAGACACAUCACAAACUGGACUUGGGGCUGUCCUUUUACAGACAAUACGAGGUGACAGAGUGAUCUGACAUAAGGAAAGCAUCAUGAGCACUGAAAAAGAGCGCAGCGUCCUGAAUGAUGCCGACGAGGAGAAGGAGGUGAAGGAUGAGAAGACUGCUGUGAAGGAGGAGCUGUCUGAGGAGCAGGAGCUGGAGGAGCUAAGGGCUCAGGUGCUGCAGCUCCUGCUUGAGUUGGAAGAAGCUCGAGACACGGCUCAGAAACACGAGGAGAGCUUUCUGGAGCUGCAAAGUCUUCUCGAGGAGGAACGUUUAGCUAGUGCUCAUCAGGCAGAGGCCUUCACAAGACAGAUCCAGCAUCUGCAAGCACAACUGCGUUCUGUUCAGGAGGAGAUGGACCGUCUGGAGGAGGAGAAGGAGAGCGAGCUUCUGGAAGCGCAGGAGGAGCUGCGGGCGGCGCAGGAGGAGGUACUGCUGCUACAGCAGGCGUCGGAGGAGGCCGCGGCUGAAAGAGAGAAUGACAUCGCCAGUCUGCAGGAGGAGCUCUGCCGCUUACGGGCGGACAUCUCUCGACUGGAGAACACGGGACAGGAGUACGAGCUGGAGAUCGUCACACUCCGAGCGGAAAUAGAGAUGAAGAGCCUGAGCCGUCUACAGCAGAGGAAGGAGGGUGAAGUGGGUCUGUUGAUGGAUGAAUGUAACAGUCUGAAGGAACAAUGCCAUGCUCUGCAAGAUGAAAACACAAGACUGAAUCACAGACUGCAGAUGCUGCAGAAGAGGAGUUCAGGCAGCUCCUGCAUCACUCUUAAAGAAGAACAGGACGAGACCGAAGAGGCAAAACACACACAGUGCGGCACAGAGACAGAAACGGGAAGCUCUUAUACGAGCUCCAACUGCAGGCUGGUGGAUGCUGGGAUGUCUUAUGCACACCCCUUCAAGUAA